AUGAACAAUGAAAGAAUUGCGUUUGAAAAUGAGAUUAAAGAAUAUAGAGUACAGCUUGAGACUGUCCAGCUAGGACUUCAAGCCGACCCAGAUAGCGUGGAGCUUCAGCAAUUAAAGACUGAACUCGAACAAGUCAUUUCCCUCACCGAAGCUGCGAUCGCAGAGCUAAAGCCCGUUUCAGUGCCCACAGCUGUACCGAAAAAACCGUUAGAACCUCCCCCAAAAGAGAAAUGGUCUCGAGAAAACCACCCCGCGUUUAAGAAAUCAACUGCGACACUCGAGGAAGAUGUUCCAACAAGUUUCAAGGUCAAUGAUACUGUAUUGGCGAAAUGGCAUUCUGGUGACAAAGGAUUUUAUCCUGCCCGCAUAACUUCUAUUACAGGAUCAUCAAUAGCCCCCGUCUAUAUUGUCAAAUUUAAGAGCUACGAUAACAUUGAAACACUCAGAGCAAAGGAUAUUAAACCUAUUGUGAACCCAAACAAACGGAAAGCUGAUGGCACACCAGUAACAGCUUCUAAUCAUUUUUCGCCCUCCGUACCCAACAAUGUGAUUUCUGCAGCGGCAGAAAUAAAUCCGCAACUUGCUCAGCAGACUAAACGUGAACCCAGUAAAGUCAGUGACGGUCCCACUCGACCUGCGAAGGUCCCGAAGAAAUUCAAAGCCAAUAAGGAACUUGAAGCUGGUAAAUCAAAAUGGCAGGAUUUUGCGGCGAAAGGUAAAAUUGGAAAGACAGCAAAGAAAGAAAGUAUGUUCCGGACACCUGAGGGUGUUCAUGGAAGAGUUGGGUUUACCGGUUCAGGACAAACUAUGCGCAAAGAUCAAAUAAGAACUCGGCAUAUAUACAAUGUUAAUGGUGAUGAUGAAUAA